AUCUUCAAAUGCGGAUUGACUGGUUCACCCGAGACUUAGCAGAGACUCAACCUGCAACUUGCGCCCACUGCCCGACAAUUUCUAAUCUGCGCAAUCAUACAGCAUGGCCGACGCUGCUCCCCGAGGACGCGGCGGUUUCGGUGAUCGAGGACGUGGAGAUCGGGGGAGAGGUGACCGUAGGGGGCGACGAGGUCCACGCCGUGGUGCAAAGUCCGACGAGAAGGAAUGGCAGCCGGUCACCAAGCUGGGCCGUCUGGUCAAAGCAGGAAAAAUCCAGAGCAUGGAACAAAUCUACCUGCACUCGCUGCCCAUCAAGGAGUACCAGAUUGUCGACUGGUUCUUGCCCAAACUCAAGGAUGAAGUCAUGAAGAUCAAACCCGUCCAGAAGCAGACCCGUGCCGGUCAACGCACUCGAUUCAAGGCCAUCGUGGUCAUUGGCGACAGCGAGGGCCACGUCGGUCUCGGCAUCAAAACCUCGAAAGAAGUCGCGACUGCCAUCCGCGCCGCCAUCAUCAUCGCCAAACUCUCUGUUCUUCCCAUCCGACGAGGCUACUGGGGCACCAACCUCGGUGAACCUCACUCCCUGCCCACCAAAGAAUCCGGCAAGUGCGGUUCCGUCACGGUUCGAUUGAUCCCCGCUCCUCGAGGUACCGGUCUCGUCGCUUCUCCGGCUGUCAAGAGAUUGCUACAGCUUGCCGGUGUGCAAGACGCCUACACUUCAUCUGCGGGUAGCACGAAGACGUUGGAGAACACGCUGAAGGCGACGUUCGUGGCGGUUAGCAACUCUUACGGAUUCUUGACCCCCAAUCUGUGGAAGGAGACGAAGCUCAUCAGAAGUCCGUUGGAGGAAUAUGGUGAUGUUCUGAGAGAGGGCAAGCGCUACUAGGCCGCACAGGGGACUUGAAGACGAACAACAGGUGAUAAGGGACGGCUUCGAAAGCUGCAUUGGCAGACAUGAGAGACAGCUUUGCAAGGCGUACGGACAAAAUAAGACAAGUCUGUACCUGAUCAAGAAAAUACCAU